AUGACAGACAAUAAGCUCGGUUUGAUACUGCUUCAUCCGGCGAUGACCAACAAGCCGGAGGAUGUUACCAAGGCUGUAGAGGAGGCAGCUCAGGAUGGUGUACAAAUGGUAAACCAGUAUUUAAUAAACAAGGUCAACGAUGGAUCUGUUAAACUUGAUGCGGACAAGUACGACGUUAUACAUUAUCUUACUCCGGAGUCUCCAGACUCCAUCAAAUUUCCAUCCAAGCUGGUUCCGGUGCUAUACAGUGCCUUGAAAGCUGGCGGAAGCGUCUAUGGGCUCAGUGACGUCCUCAAACUAGAUGCUCUUCUUAACGGAUUCAGCAUAGUAAAUGAUGGGCAAUACCACUGGGAGAAGAAGAGUCAGACACAGGCAGCAGUUUCAAUACCACUUAAGACAAGCACCAAUAACAAGAACAAACUACCCAGUUUCAAGAGAGCUGUCAAAAACCCCAUCAAUAUAGUACAGUUCGAGGAUGACCUCGAUGACGACGAUGAAGUGAAUAAUAGCGAUAAGGCAAAAUUCUUUACUGAUUACAACAACGAUGAAGACUCCAUCGAAGAAGAAGAUCUAGUACGGGAGGACUUAGAUCAAGCUGGGAUCACGAUGAUAACUUGCGGAAAGUCCAAAACCAGAAGGAAGAAAGCCUGUAAAGAUUGUUCCUGUGGUCUCAAGGAAGAGGAAGAGCAAGAAAUUGAUCAAGUCCGUAAGAAACAAGACGCAGUAGUGAAAUUUACAGACGAUGAACUCACAGAGAUUGAUUUCACUGUGGAGGGCAAGAAAGUGGGAGGUUGUGGUUCUUGUUCCCUAGGUGACGCAUUUAGGUGCUCAGGUUGCCCAUAUCUGGGGCUCCCAGCCUUCAAGCCCGGCCAGCAGGUCAACCUCAACAGUAUCCUGGACGACUUGUAG